CAAUGCGCAAGCAGCGCUUUCUUCUCGACAGUACACGAUUUGUCGCGGAUUCGACCUUGGCUGCUGUGGAGCGCUGCAGGGAACCAUUGGAUCUGCAAGGCAGACGGAGACCAACGAGAAGAUGAAGCCCCGGCGGGGUUGGUCGCAAACUGCCGCCAUGCUGGCGACAGUAAUGGUAUUAAUGACGUUCAGUUGCGCAGAGGGCACCAUCUCCGUCGACGUAACCUGCACUCAGCAGAUAUGUGAGGAACAGCUGAGUGAGACAGAAUGUCCCAAAGUCGCAGACGAGUGCCGCAACGGUUCCGGCAUCUUCAUGCCCUAUCCUGACGUCUGCAACUGCUGCGAAUACUGUUUCACCUACCUGAAGGAGGGCGAGGUAUGCACCGUGGGGAUGCCUGGGAGGCCGCUGCCCACAGCCAUCUGCGGUCCAGGCCUCAGCUGCUACAGCGCUGACACCGCAGACGAAGACGCCGAGCCCGUCUGCAGAGCCAUGAACACGACCUGCACGCGCGACCAGAAGGCUUACGACAGUGAAGAGGCGUCAGCGUCGCUGGGAAUCGCCGCUUGGAGGCCGCGAUGCGACGGCGAAGGAUUCUACGCGCCUGCGCACUGUGUCCCCAACGGCGUCUGUUACUGCGUCGAGAAGCAUUCCCGCGGGAGGAUAUUCGGUGAGAAGAUCUUCACUUCAACCAUUCGAAUGAUGGCCAUGUCCUGUGGUUGUUCGCGGAUGGCAUGGACAGCGGAGCAGCUGCUAAGCAGCGAACAGCUGCAGCGCGCAGGCUCUGCUCGGUGCCGGGAAGACGGCUCGUACGACCCGCUGCAGUGCGUAGCGGGCACCUGCUACUGUGUCAACACGACCACCGGUCAGCCCUUAACGGACAGCGCCACCGUCAACGUCAAUAACCUCGUCGCCGGUUCACUGCCCUGCUUCGACAAAGAUCGUCACAGGGAAGGCAGGUGGGAGACGGACUGCGAGCGCGAGCGCCGGCUGGCCUUCCAGGAGAUGUCGCAGCUGGCGGCGGAGGGCGUGGUCGCGGUGGGCGUGGUGCCGCCCCUCUGCGACCCCGACGGCACCUACAGCCGGGUGCAGGCGCGCGCUACCCGGAAGGUCUGUGUCGACGCCCAAGGGAAUCAAAUAGGCAACUACAGCAUCUCGAUGUCCAGUGAACUUGCUGUCAACAUGGACUGUAAUUGUGCACGCACGCGUCUCCUGCUGGAAGCAGAGGGGCGCCAGGAUGGGCUGCCGAGGUGCUGCGCCUCUGGUGACUUUGUAGCAUGGCAGUGCUGGCGUGGCCGCUGCUACUGUGUGGAUGGGCAUGGUGCACAGAGUUCAUCAGAUGUACCAGCCUCAGAGCUGACUUCACUACCCUGCUGGGCCAAUGAUGACAAGAACGUUUGUGCGUCGGAUGAUGGUGUCUACUCGCAGCAGGGUGAAGGAACUACAGAAACCUCUACAGAACAGUCUGCAAUAGAAUCCACAGCAGCUACAUAAGCAAUGACCCAAAAAAAAGCAUAAGCAAUCUUUGAGGGAAAGUGAAUAACAUUGCUCAAGCAACCAGAUAAGGAGAUAAUCAAGUGACUUUAACAAAUCAUCUGUGAUUAGUAGUUUCAUUCAGUUUAAUGAAUUAAUUUGUAGUGCUGAACUGGUUUCAGCCCCUUAUUGUUUGAACUCAUCUCAUUAACAGAUAUAAAAUAAUUUCAAGAGAAGGUCUAGUGGGCAUACCUAAGCAAUGAAACCUCAGUGCAUUAUGUUGGCCAGAAAACUGUUCUUAAAAUAUUUCCCUAUUUAGAUUUGUUUCAUACUUUAUUAAUGGUGUUUUGAAAGGUAAUUAGCAGACAAAGAGCUAAUAGAAAGUUCUUGAAACAAAUUCAUGUAUCUAAUUUUAUAAAGACAGCAAAAGUAUCAGUGGAAUGGAAAGCUUAUUGAAGUGACUGGUUAUACUUAUUUUAAAGGCACUAUUCCCAGGCUAUUCCACCACUGUUUCAUAUAUUAGCAUUCCUACAGAGCUUGUAGAAAAAAUGUAAACAUGUAUCCAAAAUUGUACCUGUAUUUUCUAUAAAGCAGUGCAACUAAUACAUUAAUUUAUCACUAUUUGUUUUAUAUUUGUGUAAGUAUGUUAACAUAUACAGAUGGUAAACAAUAAAUACACAAUGGCUGACAAACAUAAAUCUACACAGAGUUUCUGGAAGAGAGGUCGAUGCCAAUGUCCAAUUCAACUAUUUACACCAUGCAGCUGUUAUUGGUAACCAUCCUGAUGGUCUGUUUCAUGGGAAACAAAUAUAUCAGAACUGUUCACCACUGUCACAUGCUGUGAAAGAAUAUGCCCUUAUGCUGGGAAGUAUCUUGUGUAGUUGUGGAAACUGAUGUACCUUCACUCUGAAGUUAAAAAAUUUCUGUUGUGUUUAGCCUGAAUUUUUACCCCUGCUUUGAUACAUUGUACAAAAAUCUAUUUGAUCAAAUGAUAGUAAUCGGAUUUUUAGUAAGGUAUAGUUCUGUCAUUGUCUUUAACAAAGCUGACAGCAUCUUAGAAGCUGAGUGCUACAGCACAUGAUUCGUAAUACCAGUAUGGGAUGACACAGAAAAUUUUCACUUGUAAUUGUGUCUAGAAAUGAUAUAGUGUUGUUACUCAACUGUGCUUAGUUCCCAGAAACUAUAGAAAGUAGAUAUGGUAACAGUAUUGAGGAAUGGUUUGAGGUGUAUUUUAUGGAAACUUGACUGUCUGUUGAAUUUUUGUAUAUAGUAGCUUUUAACUCAAUUUAUGUUGGUCACUAAAGCAGAGAC